ACCCGCUGAACUACUUUAAAUUUGUGUGUUUAAUGUACAAGAAUUGAUUGAUAACAGACAUUCUAAAUUAGAUAAUGCAAACAUGAAUAGUCUAUUUAACAAUUGAUAUUUUGUCAUUUACAGAAAACUGUUUAAGUAAAAAGUGUAAUCCGCAUGUAAAAGGCUUAUGUGCCUUUAUCCAAACUAGAACUUUUAAAAGGGGUGCAAACCGGAAUAGCGGUGGACUUAUAAUAUUAGUUAGGAAAUGGUGUUGAACUUAUGAAACAGGUAGAUGAUCGUAUUGUUUGGAUAACAAUCAACGAUACAAAACUUGGUAGUGGUAGAGAAAAUUGAUUCAAUGUGAACAUGACCGCUAAGUUACUGAACGAUUCGAAAGGGUCAAGCAGCAGUGAAGAAUCAUUUUCACACCUAGUGGAACAAAAGGUGUUGUCGCUUCGAAAGAAUAUAAUCUCAGAGAGGGCCGAGAAGAUAGCUGAAGUCGUGUACAGAAGCGUGAAUGUAAUCAUGGACAAAGUCAGCGAACUUGAGCCUCGUUUCACUGUGUCGGAGAUACUAAAAGUUGGAAGUUACUUUGAAGGAACAAAGAUAGACAAAAUAGAUGAAUUCGAUUUCCUUGUUGUAAUCAAAGAGCUGUCCAAACCAGGGGCAAUUCACGUCAAUAAGAUGCCAGACGUUUUUAUUGAAGGAAAUCUUAUUAAAGAGCCAGGUAUGGUACAAAUAAAAUUACAAGACGAGGACCUGAAAGUAAAGUGGAGAAAUUACGUGGUCGAUGACUACUUGACAGGUUUUCAGCAGCCCACAGAUGCUUCUAAAAAGCGUCAAAAAAUAUUUGGUUCAAUUGUCCUAGAAUCCAUCAAGAUACUUGCUAAGACCAAGCAUGAGUGGGAAGACUUAGUUUUUGCACCGGGGACAAAUAUGUUUUACAAUCGGGGUGGCCUUACAUUGCUUUCAAUUAGUGAUUCUGAAAGAGUUAUUCUGAAAGCGGCAGAAGUACACCAUCCCAAUACGGUGCUUGAGCUGGAAUAUGACGGCUCUGUGAUAAGCGUGGAUCUUUCUCCCGCUAUACGAUACGACCGUGUAGAAGAUUGCUUCGAAGCUGGGGACUGUGUUGACGAAAGAUUAGCAGCAGCCGUUCUUGACCGAGGAUCGAUCCUACUUGUUGCCAAACAAGGCAAUGCUUUCCGAAUCACAUUUACAGAGACAGAAGUUAAAUUCAUGCGUGAUAAGAUACACGGGGUUCAUAAAUUGAUAUACAUGUAUCUCAAAUACAUAAAAUGCCUGUAUGCAAAAAAGAGUGCCAUCGACCAACCAUUUUCGUCCUACGUGUUGAAGAUGUUCUGCAUUCAUCAUGAUAUCCGUUGUACAACUCAAAACAAAACUGUAUCCAAAUGUCUGGACGAAGUGCUGGAUUUAAUGACAGAUUGUUGUGAAAAGGUUGAUCUUAAAAAUGUGUUCAAUAAGAGGCUCACAUACCUGACGAUCGAUGAUAUUGAAUCUAAUUACAGGUUAUGUAUGCUGGACGGUUUGAGGACGAUUAAAGAAUUGGCGGUAGAGAACCCUACUGAGGCUUAUUUCAACGAGGUUAUUCAGGAUGUAGUCAAGCAGUCUGCAAACACAUUUGAUAUAUCCCGGGGAAUAUUGUUUAAGGCAGAAGAGAGGCGUUUCAAGGCGGAAGGUCAGCGCUUGCGUAAAGUGAAUGUGCCAGAAACGUCUAAAGAUUGCUUGCCAGGGAGUAUUUUAAGCCAAAGAGAGACUGAUGUGUUGCAGACAGUUACGUGUAAGCCCACGACUGGUCCAUGAGCCAUUCGCGUGGCAACUUGGCAUAUUAGAAAGAUGCCUCAGGGAUUUGAUCCAGUUGACGAUGACCUUCUUCUCCUAUAUGAACAAAAACAACAACGACGACGAUGACAUCAUCAUAAACAACAACAAAACAGAGUUGCUGUCAAUCGUUAGCGAGUUGGACUUGAAAUAUAGGGGCCCUGAUUUCGAACCACGGUUCGGCCAAUAUUCUUUUCGACACUUGAUGAAGUCUAUGAGACAUGAUGUAUUCGUCUCAUACCACUAAAAAUGUAAUAUAACCGAAAUAAUUACGCUGUCUGAGAAUUCCGUACAGAAUAUGGACUUUUCGCAAGGCUUCAUAUCACAAAGCUAAAUAACCGUUUGACAAUAUGAUUUAGAUAUGUAUUGUGCUUCUCUCCCUUUUGCUUAAUAAACAUAUUUUGAAACUACAUAUAUCAUAACGGAAAGAGAACUAACUCAAAAUAAUUAAACGAUGCUCUUGAUGUGCCACAAUCCGAUGAGAUUUUACCAUUUAAUAAAUCUGUGUAUUGU